UGUAAAUAACUCGAGUUUUACGUUUGUUUGUCUGUGCUAGUACACUGGGCACUCUCCAAAUAUACCGUUAGUGACACGCCCACGUUCUUAUGCUAGCAAUUACAAAUUACAACUCGGCAAAUUGUUGGAGUGGGUGACAAGUGGUUGGACGUUGGCUUGCAAAUCUGCUUUUAUCUGGACAGCGCCCACUGUCUAAAUUAAUAGAACAGUUCGAGAGCUUCGGGAAAUGUCAUGUUUGAUUCUUAAUGAGCACACAUAUGCCCCAACCUCCUUUCGAUUGGGACCCAUUGGGACACAACAUAAAUCCUAGGGCCCCACAAGGAAUCACGCUCAGUCGUUCCCCGACUUCCUGCUUAUUCACAUUAAAAAUGUUAUCUUUAUCGGGCAUCACCAUCGAUUUCCUGUUGGUGGCGGUUCUUACCCCAUCUCCAUUAGCCCAAAAGAGCGCCGAAAUGGACGUCGGUUGGCUGAACAAUAGAACCAUUCAAUCGCUUAUCGGCACAAUCUUCGAUCAGAUCCAUCACGUAGACAUCGUAAUCGGUGGUGGGCAGGACUCGGUCAUCCGAUUGGGAGAUCAAAUCGAUGGUCUCGUUCACCGACCCGGGAGUCCAUUGUUCGGCAAGUCCGUUCGAAUCUACGGUGGGGAAGUGUCGCGUUCCGACGAUUAUCACGAAGGAUGCUCCGGUGAUAGGUCGAUUCUUUCUGCGGUGGUUAGGAAUCCGGUGGCAUCGGGAGACUUGGAUGCACUGGGAGUGAUUGACAGGGAGUUCGGUGAGGAGUCCAGUUUUAUUGAAUGGGAUGGCUCGUACGAGUCGUUUGCCAAGAUCUGGGAUCAAAACUAUCACAAUGGGUAUCUAGUGUUCGCGAAUAGGGAUACGUUCGAUAGUAUGAUGAAGUGCUUGCUGGAUCCGAGGGGUACCUACUUGGUAACCCUAGAAGGUCAGGAAGAAUUCAGGUUGGAUGAGAUUUUCCGAGUGAUGGAUUCGUUAUGGUGGCACGAGGGAUUGUAUCGUCUGUUCUUCUUACAAGGAGAGCAGAUCUACACGUUUGAUCCAUUUGCGAUCAACGGGACCAAGUAUGGAAGGGUAGUUACACUGAGAGGACCUCAGGAUAUUCCAAGGAUACCAACGAGUGAUUUUAAUGGAUAUCCUUUGAGAAUUGACAUCUUCAGAUCGACGUAUUCGGAACCGGUGUUGAACGCAAGUGGUGCCAUAAUCGUGUUCGAAGGAGCAGACGUCGAAGUCAGUCGUGCAUUCUAUAAAGUACUAAACUUUUCAGCCGAUUAUCUAUCGCCGGAUAAGGACAACUUCGGUGUCCAGCUUCCGAAUGGUAGCUUUAACGGUGUCAUCGGACGCCUAUCGCGUCGCGAGAGCGACAUCGCCUUCGUUGGCUUCUUCAUCAAGGACUACUUUAGUCGAGAUAUCGAGUUCACCAACGGGAUCUACACCGACGAGUUGUGUUGCGUGGUGAGGAAGGCAAGUCGCAUUCCUGAAUAUCUGCUUCCGAUUACCAUUUUCCCGGCGGAUCUAUGGAUUCUCCUGUUCAUGAUGGGUAUCGUAUGUUCCAUAGCGUGGAUAAUUCUGCGAGCCGGUAUUCAGACCAAAGGAACCUCUCGAAUUCGUUGGAUUCAGAAACGUCGCUUCGCCUACCUGUUCAACCUAUCCAAUACAAUUCGAGACGCUCCACUGUAUCGCAAAAUGGUUCAAAUCUGCAUCGAUACGUAUCUGCUGCUGGUGAGUGCACCCUACCAGCGAUUCACCCGGUCCGGUAUCGAACGCCUUAUGCUUUUCGGAAUCAUGAUGGUCAGCCUGAUCUUCGUCUCCAUGUUCCAGUCGAGCUUGUCGUCAGUCUACCUGAAUCCGGUCUACUACAAGGACAUUGACAGCCUGCAACGAUUGGACGAAGUCGGCAUAAGGAUCCCCGUAAAGUACAAAGGAUACAUGGAUGACGUCUUUCCGGCCAACUACAGUCCGACCAUGGAUUCCCUUCGGAAUAAGAUGGUACUGGAAACCGGCAAGGAAUCGAUGCUAGCCAAGGUAGCUCGACUAGGAACAAUCUCCACCGUUACUCGUAAAACAACCUUCUCGCUGGACAAUGCCGUCUACAUCACCACCAAGCAGCUGUUCAUGAUCCCGGAGUGUCCCCGGUCGUACAACCUGGGCUACGUGGUACCGCGGCAUUCCGUACUCCUGGAAAAGAUCAACAUAGUGCUGUCGUGGAUGCUGAACGGAGGACUGAUCAACCAUUGGAUCGACGUGAUGAACUUUAACGUGUCGAUAAAGGACUGGGACAAGAUACGGAACUCCGAUGCGGCGAACUUCAAGAUCUUAACCUUGAUUGAUAUGCAGUUUCCGUUCUAUCUGCUGGUGAUCGGCUUGAUUUUGAGUACAAUGGUUUUCAUCGGUGAACUCGUGUAUUUCAAAUACUUUAAGUAGACUAUGUAUACAUGUAUACAUUUUUACCUUCUGUAUGGUGGAGUACUAGUGAUCUGU